GGGUAUGGAUUCAAGGACAGAGCUGCACAGAGCUGUACAAGGAGUACAAGGAGUCUUGGAACUUUGUAGGGAGGGACACAAGGGUAGUAACCAACUGACAUAUAGAGGGGGAAGAGUAACACACUGGCCAUACAUAUUGGUUGAGACUCUUCUCAGCCAUCAACUGGGCAGUAGAUGUUGGUUAGGAAGGAUAAAGAAUCCUAGCCAAUAAGUGUGGGACUGGGAGCGAUACAAUAAGAGGAGAUUGAAAUGAAGAUGAAGAUGAAAAGACAGAAUCCACAUACAUACAGAUUAGGCAAAGCAAGAUGACGCAGGUACAGUUGGGCGUGGGCCCUACAAUGAACACUUCGUGGGUUAGGGCAGGUGCGAGUUCUUCCUGACCUGCACAUCACUACUACAAAGGGCAUCAUCUAUUGAUCUUCAACCUGAGGGUCUCUAGUUGUUGCUGGACUACCAUUCAGCAUCCCAGUUGCAGCUGCGAGAUGCUUAUGCUGAGCAAGUCUGAGCAUAUCUAGAGAUACUUGAGAGUGAGCUCACAUCCAUGUCAAGCUAAUAAGUAUAAGAUAAAAUAAAAUAAAUAAAAGCCAUCAGGAAAAUGGAGAAAAGAACUUUGCUUUCUAGUGUGUUUUGUUCAGUAGCAAGUUGGGAGCCAUUCCUAGCUAGGGUUAGGGUUGCCACCUAGUCUGUAUUUUACCAGCCUAGCCACUAGAAAUGUUUCUUGAUGCCAAUGUUAUAACAUUAAAAAAACAUAAAAAUACAGGAAGGCCAGUAUGUUUUUCCAUAAAAAAGUGGCUUAGCUGAGACUACACAGCACAUACAGGGUAUAACAAUUGACCUUCAGUGUGCAUAAGCAGGUAUGUAUUCUCUGGCUCUUGUUGGACUGCACGACUCAGAAUCCUACGGUCAGCUGUAUACUGCAACUAAAUGUACCAGUCUUUAUCCACAGCCACUGCCCAUGGGGUCCCGCCAUGUCCCUGCACGCACAGUACUUUUUGAGAAGGAGAAAAAUGGAGUGACAUACCGUGUACCAGCCCUGCUGUACAUCCCACGCUGGCUCACCCUCUUGGCCUUUGCAGAGGAGAGGCUAAGUGCAGAUGAUGCCCAUGCUAACUUGCUUGUCCUACGACGUGGAAUAUUUUACCGCAACUAUGUGGAGUGGGAGGACAUGCAUGUAGUGGAGAGAGCUUCCCUGCCCGGCCACCGUUCCAUGAAUCCUUGUCCAGUCUAUGAUGACGUCACUGGACAAUUGUUCCUCUUCUUCAUCGCAGUCCUAGGCAGGACAACAGAAUCUUAUCAGAUCAAUACUGGACAGAAUGCGGCACGUCUCUGCUGUGUGAGAAGCUUAGAUCAGGGCAAGAGUUGGACUGAAGUCACUGACCUAACCCACAAGGUCAUUGGGGAGUCAAUAAAAGAGUGGGCCACAUUUGCCUUGGGACCAGGUCAUGGUAUUCACCUGAGAAAUGGGAGAUUGAUUAUUCCUGCUUAUACAUAUCACAUUGAGAAGAGACAUUGCUUUGGGAGCUUCUGUCAGACCACUGCACGGGCUUUUGUGUUCUACAGUGAUGACCAUGGCCAAAGCUGGAAGUUAGGAGACCUUAUACCAAACUUACAGACUGUGGAGUGCCAGAUGGUAUCAGUGGAUGAGGCUGAUGGCAACAAUAUCCUGUACUGCAAUGCCCGAAGCUCCCUAGGAUUCCGAGUGCAAGCUCUGAGCACUAAUGAUGGUGUUGUAUUUGAGCCUGGUCAGCUGAUUGAGAAGUUGGUGGAGACCCUCACAGGGUGUCAUGGAAGUGUCAUUGGUUUUCCAGCUCCACUGCACACUCUGUAUAGCCCAUGCCCUGACCAUCACUUAACCACACAACUAAAGUACCAAAAAGUCCACACUGAAGUGUCAGAAAGUAAGAAUCAGCAGAAGACAAAGGGUGAAGCUAAACAUAAAUAUCAGUCCAACAGCAAGUUGCAUCAAUGGAAAUGCCAAACAGAAGACCAUCAAGGACUAAAGGAAACAUUCUACAAGACUGUGCCUGGGGUGAGGAAUCCUACAUGGGUGCUCUACUCCCAUCCAACAAGUGCCAGAUCACGUGUGAACCUUGGUGUUUAUCUCAGUUCAUAUCCCAGAGAUGCAGACAGCUGGACAGGUCCCUGGGUAAUCUACGAGGGUCCCAGUGCCUAUUCAGACCUUGCAUAUCUCGGGCCCCCAUCUGGUGAAGAAAGUGCAACAGGGUCCUUGUCAGUUGUUAUUUUUGCAUGUCUCUAUGAAAACGGUCUGAUUUCCCCAUAUGAGCAGAUUUCAUUCAGUAUCUUCACCCUGUACGAGGUCAUCCAGAAUUUAACACCAAACUCAGCAAUUCUUCUCCAGACUAAGAUGAAACAUAGAAGAAAGGAGAGCUGUACAAUGUUUUAAUGGCUAUAAAGUAAGCAACAUAAUUCUGUGCAACUGAGCUACUACAUCUCUAAUACCAAGGGAAUGUUGUUUAUUAUGAUGCAAUAUCAAUCCACUACAAUCUUUUUUAAAAGUUGUAAAACUCCAGUCAAUGUGGCUCCUCAUUAAAAAGGGAAGUUUGCUUUGAGCAAUUGUGAGUCUGAUGGGCAGUAGAAAGGCCAGUGUCUGGAGACAUUGCUGACAAAACUGUGAAGGCCAAACAGAGAAUGGCUUGGUCACGUGAUCACAAUAAUGGAAACCAAUUGGGUUUCUGACUAUAGCCAUUUCUAUUUAUUCUGAAGCAUUAUGUAGAGACAAAGGACAUGAAAGAGUAUAAAAAGAGGGGAGACUUUCACAGCCAAUAUAGAACC